CCUCCGCGAUACGGCCAGCUAUCGGCCGCGACACGACGUGGUUUAGUAGCAAGCGUGCGCUCGCCGGCUCGACACACGCGCUCGCACGCUGCGUGCGAUUCACGAUUUGAUAUUAUCCGCGUGCAGAACGCUAACAUUUUAUUAUUUUUUAUUUUAUACGACGGAAGUUUCCGAAAUCAAAAAACUAGCGAUUUGUGUUUGUGUCCUGCCUGCCACUCCAAGGAAAUCGUCAUCUCAACAUCGUCUCCGCUUCUUUUUCUAAGACAUGUGACUGGUACAAAUCAGCUGGGAAAACUAUUUAUUAAUUUCACCACCCACAUUUGUUACAACUGCUACAACUGUUUUAAUUUGCGACAUAUGUUCACCGCGUGUGUAACCGAAGACGCAAGUUGUGUGUGUGCGCUGGAAACCGCGUUGUGAUCACUAUCGAGAUACAACCCACGAAGCGGAUAUCAAGAUAUCAAGUCUUGGGUCGUUGAUUGAGUUUUGCUUCACCUCUACGUCGUCGCCGCACCGCCAGCCUGCAAGGAAGGAAGUGCACAGCGAGAGUAUUAAGCCGUCAAACUGCUUUCCCUAGUGUAUCCAUCGCAGCAUGCUCAUAGCGGCACGGGCCGCAAGCAGGAAGAAAUUUCACAAGGGUCCGCGGCCCUCAGCCGCCACGCGCUAAUGACUAUGGCCGAGACUGCUCUGGAACCCUCGCAUGAUAAAACGCAUAACAACAAUCAUGUCUUCGCGGCGAAUCACAAUCGACCCGUGGGCAAGGAGAAGAAAAGGAAGCGGCUCAGUCAGGUGCUGGAUAAGCUCACGGGCGGCGCCGGCGUUGGAAACUGCAAUGCGGCGCCGACACUCAACAACAAUGUCCAGCACAUUAACAACAACAUCAAGCAAGAAGACGAGCGCGCAAUGCUGAAUCACAAACCGCACAUGACGGACGUGUUCCGAUACGACACUGCGAUGGAUAAAGAUCGUUUUCCACAAGCGGGUAGUGAGGAUGAGGAUGUCUUCAGUCCAGCGAGCAGCAGCAACAAAUCUCCGCACAGUUCCACAGAAUCUCCUAAGAUCAGCCUGAGUAUCAGCCCGCUGAGGCUCAAAGAAGAAGAGUCCAGCAUAAGUCCGCCAUUACACAAAGCGCCGUGCUCAUGUUAUAAUUGCAUGAUCGGCGUGGGUCACCAUCACCCACCGUCAGUGCAUCCUUGCGAUCGUUUCUUCCCUGCCAGCCCCAUUUCACCCUUGACUGCCUCUUCGCCCGCGCCUCCGCCGUACAACUUCGAACGUUACUUUCACACCAAGUACCUGCCAGACAUUUUCCGCCGACGGAGCCAUUCUGACUCGGACCUGCCGCUCUGGUUCACCGCUAAAGCGGAACGAGCAAGCGCGCCAAUGGGCUGGCCCCAUCCACUCACGAUAUCCACCGGCAAGUUGGAACCCGAAGCACCUAGUCCACAAGAAUUUCCAUUAGACUUAUCAUUGAAGACGCGUCUGCGCGGUCUGAUGCAGACGCCCAUGCAGACUAUGACACCGUCCGGCUUUCUGCCGCCGCGCUCCACUGCCGGAGCUGUCCAAGUACCUGUAGUCAAGGGCGAUGUGGCGUCGCCUACCACCAAGGAAUCAGUCGCUUCUAGAUAUAACCUGGAGGUACAUCCCGUGGUUGAGGAGAUGCCGCCCGGUUCUGACGUCGCGUUUGUUUGUCCCAUUUGUGGCCAAAUGUUCAGCUUACAUGAUCGACUUGCAAAGCACAUGGCGUCACGACAUAAGAGCCGCCAGAAUUCAGGCGAUAGCACCGCAAAGGCGUACCUUUGCGAGGUAUGUCAGCGGUCCUUUGCGCGCAGCGACAUGCUCACCCGCCACAUGCGACUGCACACGGGCGUCAAACCGUACACGUGCCGCGUGUGCGGGCAGGUCUUCUCGCGCUCCGAUCACCUCUCCACUCAUCAACGCACCCACACCGGCGAGAAGCCCUACAAGUGUCCACAAUGCCCCUACGCCGCCUGCCGCCGCGACAUGAUCACGCGGCACAUGCGAACGCAUGCGAGAUACGAGCCGGAUAACGUGCUCGUCAAAGCCGAACCGAUUAAGACCGAAUGAGGCGGCGAUGAUGACGAUGUACUCUUUGCUCGUGAUACGCGCGCAUCGCAACUGCUUUGCCCAAGAAGAGACACGCGAAAUUUCAAUACGAAACAAAAAUGAAAGAAAGAAUUGGUUGUGAAUUAAAAGUUAAAUCAGCUCCGCGAAGUGGAGUGCGUUGUAUUAUCUCGUUAAAAUGUUGAUAACAUGGAAUUAUUAAUAAUCGCAUUGCGGAAAGUGUCAGGUUACAGUUGCAUGUGGCUUUAUCAUGUCCUUUUAGGAUCUCAUAUCAUUCCAUCUCACGAACAUAUAAUAUCACUCGAGAACCCCAUGGUGAAGCAGAACGAUUAAAGUAAAGAAAAAGUAUUUAUAUAUCUGUGUAUCUUACUGUGCCAAAAAUUCGUUAAAAUUAGGGCAGGACAAAAAGGGGGUUUGAUGAAAAACUUGAAUUUCUGAACUCUAGACAUUAAUUAAAUUUAAAAUGAAACACAAAUUUUAAAAAUGACACGUGAUGCUGUGAUAUUUGUAAAUGUAAAGGGAAAACGUUGGUGUUUAUUUCGUACAAUUUAUAAGAAGUCGACUACUACUUAACGGCGAGAGGAAUCGCGCUAUGUAUAACACUAGAAGUAUAAAACGAUAAGCAUGAAGAGGGAUAUUUUACUACUGCAGAAACACGAGGUCUGAGUAAGCUCUAUUGCUAUUUUUGAUACGAAAAGACUCUUUACGGGAACCAUGACAACAUGGCAAGAUAGUUUUAAACUAGCCGAUUCAAUUUAUGUUUGAUCGUUAAAUUUGUUAGUCGGGCAUUAGAUCAACAUAAUUCAACUCAUUCAAAAUGUGCCACUAAAAUUGGUUAGAUCAUGCAACAGAACAAGCACGAACGAAGCUCACUGAAUUCGGUGGUAGGACGUACGUCUUUUCACAACUACAAUGCAACAAAGACAAGACAAAUAAGUAUAUUGUAUGUUAAGUUCGUAAUUACUCAGCAGUAAUGUUUAGUUUUCUUUGAUCUACACUUACUGAUUUACAGUCUGUUAUACUCUGAAUCUCAGUUACACAUCUGUCUCAAACGCAAAUCGAGGAACGUGUUCAAAACAUGCUAGUUUUUAAUAAUUUAUUACUUAAAAUUAAAUGCAUGCGCAUUGUUAUAAACUAAUUCAGUUUCAAUUAACUUAUUUAUAAUUAAUUUAACUAUCAUUAUUACUUAUUUGUAUGUAUUCAGUUUUAUUUUUUAUAUUUUGAAUGUAUAAAUAUUUAUUUCGUUGGUUUUUUUUAUUUUGUAUUUAAUAGUUUCAUAAUGAAAGAGAUGUUUUCCUUUUCUAAAAAGUGAUUUAGAUUUAAUCAAUUUAGUAUUGAUGUAACUUGUACAUAAUCGAUCCGAACGCGAUCAUUAUUAGCUACUUAAUUUUUUAGUAUUCUUUGUUUAUUACUAUUAAUAUUAUUCAUUAUUCAUUUUCAUGUUUAUUUAACUUAACUCAUAAUAUUAUUAAAUUAAUAUUUUGUAAGCAAAUGAUCGAAACGGAGGAAAAAUUAUCGAAAUUUUGUUAAACGACACGCUGGAGGUUCCAAUGUUUUAUUUUUAUUAUUAUUUUUGCUCAGUGUUUUGUUAUUUAAAUGUCUUUUGACGAAAGAUGAACGAUGAACGAAUAAAAAACUUUUGUUUUAA